CUCGCUCAUCCUCCUCCACACCUCGCCAGCCAACCCGACACCCUCGCACCAUGCCGCGCCACUCGCAGAACAACACGUCGCGCGGCUACUUCACGUCCGGCGAGCGCGCCAUGCUCGCCGGGCGCUACGGCACAAAGUCGGCGCGCCUGGGCGCCGACUCGAUGCGCCGCUUCAACCAGUGCGCCCUUUGUCUCGACGAGGCGCAUCUGCCUGUGGCAUGCGCACAGGGUCAUCUCACCUGCCGCGAGUGCGCCCUCACCUCGGCGCUCGAGCAGACGGCGGCCAUCGAGCGCACGCGCGACGAGCUGGCACGCCUCGAGCGGCAGCAGGAGGAGGAGCGCGAGCGGGCACGGGAGGAUGCGCGCAAGAAGGUGCUGUGCGACUUCGAGCGGCAGACGGCGCUCGGUGGGCGGUCACAGGCGGGCAGCAGCCUCGCUCGGCGUCGCUCAAGAUCGCCGUCACCACGUGCUGCUGUGGCCUCCGGCUCCGGCUCCUCCUCGCGUGCGCUGGUCGCUCGUGAAGAGAGCGGCAUCUCUUCGCUUCCCGAGCGCAUCGCAGCCGCAGCCGCAGCAGCAUCAGACGCUGCAGAAGCCGAGCUGCUGGAGCAGCAGGCGGCAGAGAAGCGUGCCCGCUUCCCGGCCUACUGGCUGCCCAGCCUGACGCCGACGGCGCGCAGCGGCGAGCUGGAGGACUUGAAGAAGGAGGCGGCCAAGAUGACCAAGCCAAGGUGCCUCGUCGGCAGCGAGCAUGGACACGAGAGCUCCAUCAAGGCGCUGGUCGACGUCAAGUUCUCGCCAGAUCCGACCGACGGCAAGCCGACAUGUCCGAGCUGCCGCAAGGCGAUCACGAACAGCAGCACACUGAACGUGCUGCGGCGAUGCGGCCACGUGUACUGCACGGCAUGCACCACGACACUGCUCGGCAAGCGCGGGGAGAAGGCGGUGUGCCUCGAGUGCUCCAAGGCGAUCAAGGACCCCGCCAAGGACGUGAUUGCACUGCAGCGCGAAGGCACAGGACAUGUGGGCGCCGGCAACGUCGAGGUGAAGAAGGCGGGCCUGGCUUUCCAGGGGUAGCAGGUAUAAAUGCAGCUCUGCCAGCCCUGGUCGUCCCUCUGUGAAGGACUUGCUGUCGCACUCGACUUGCGGUCUGCAACCUCAGAGCAACCUGGUCUCCUUCCUUGUGCCUCCAGCUCGUGCGUGCAACACCAGAGGCUGAGUUGAGGGGCAGAGCCGGAGAGUGAAGUGGCCGGCGUGAAAAGUGCUGCCGGGACCUCCACCAGCACCUGU